UCUCCAUCUUCCAUCUUCUGUCAUCUUAAAAUAUCCCAGGUCUCGGUCUUGAAUCAAUUCCACUCUUCGUUUCUCCAUACCUUACACCAGGUAACCACACCCAUUAUGGUCACACCCUCGAUCCGAGUGGCCCCCUCGGCCGCCAACAGAGCCCUCAACCUCCUACGCACCGUCCAGUACACACACCCUCCCUCGUGUCCCUGCCAUUCAAAUCCCAAUCACCACCACCAUCAUCGCUCCCCGACCCUUGCCGACCAUGUUCGCCGUCACAUGGCCACCCCCGUGGACCCUUCGCGCCAGAAGGAAUAUGCAUUUGAGAUGGCCGCCUCUAGCAUCCGGUUCGGUCCGGGCGCGACCAAGGAGGUGGGGAUGGAUUUCGCCAACAUGAAGGCCAAGCGCGUCUGCGUGGUGACGGAUAGCACCGUGGUGAAACUGGACGCCAUGAAGCAGGCUGCGGAGGGCCUGUCGAGUGAGGGAAUUGAGUUUACGGUCUUUGAUAAGGUCCGAAUUGAGCCGAAGGACUACUCGAUUAAAGAGGCGAUUGAAUUCGCGAAACCGUAUAAUCCGGACGCUUUUCUUGCUGUUGGCGGUGGAUCGGUCAUUGAUACCGCCAAGCUCAUGAACCUCUACACGGUCUUCCCCGAGGCCGACUUUCUCGACUUUGUCAACGCACCGCUAGGCAAGGGGCUUCCGGUGAACCGGCCUCUGAAGCCGCUCGUGGCCGUGCCGACCACGGCAGGUACCGGCUCGGAGACCACGGGCACCGCCAUCUUCGACCUCGUAUCCAAAAAGGCUAAGACCGGGAUUGCGCACCGGAAUCUGAAGCCCACGCUGGGAAUCUGCGACCCCCUCAACACGCGCACCAUGCCCUCCGCCGUGAAAGCGGCCUCGGGUCUCGAUGUGCUCUGCCACUCGCUCGAGUCGUGGACGGCCAUCCCGUACAACGAGCGCACGCCUCGCCCGACGAACCCGAUCAAUCGUCCUGCCUACCAGGGAGCCAAUCCCAUCUCGGAUAUUUUCUCGCUGCAGUCUCUUCGCAGCACCGUGCAGUAUCUCCCGCGGGCUGUGCGAGACCCAGACGACAUGGAGGCGCAGUCGCAGAUGCUCUUGGCCGCGACGCUGGCCGGCGUUGGUUUCGGAAACGCGGGCGUGCACCUCUGCCACGGCAUGAGUUAUCCCAUCUCCAGCCAGAACCCGGGCUACCAGCAUGCCGGCUACGAGGUCGACCAGCCCAUUAUCCCGCACGGCGUGUCUGUUGCCGUGACGGCGCCCGCCGUCUUCCGAUUCACGGCCGCAUCCAACCCAGACCGGCAUCUGGCCGCGGCCGAGGCGUUCGGCGUGGACAUCUCGAACGUCAAGCGCGAGAGCGCGGGUGAGGUGCUGGGCGAGGCACUGGCCGACUUCCUGGCCAAGCUGGGCGAUCAGCCUCGUGGACUGAAGGAUCUGGGAUUCAAGCCAUCGGACGUGGAGUCGCUGGUGGAGGGGACGCUCCCGCAGAAGCGGGUGCUGAUGCUUGCUCCCAAUCUCAACGAGGAAUUGGAAGCUGAGAAGGGGGAGCUGAGAAAGUUGCUGGAAGAGUCUAUGUCAUAUUAAAGCUCUUGGACAAUUGGUUUCCCCCUCGUGUAUAUAUAGUAUGAAAAUGAUAUAACGCUGCAAUGAAACACUUUUAUCUGAC